AAACCCUAAAUGCCACUGUUAAGUCUUACAUUGUUCAUCAUGUGCUUCUUUUGAUGGUGCAGGUCCACUGGCCUUGCUGCACUAUCAGUUCAACAGGACAUUUCAGUUACUGGUACGGUACCCCUUCUUCUUAAUGCUACUUACAAUUGCAGCUAUACUUUAUCAGCAUUCAAAUCCAAGUACUCUCAACUUCCAUCAGAGCAUACCAGGUAGGUAGUGCCCAGCUAUGCACAAAAUAAUAAUAGUACUACCAGGCCACUAGCACCUUGGAGAAAAGAAUGAGCGGAUAGCAGAAAGGCUACGGGGCAUGGACAAAUGGACUGUCCGUGCGCCCUGACCCUGUGGCUAAAUUUCAGUAAUCUAGCUCCUCACGCACACUUGUAGCCAGAAACGCACCGACAUGCCUGCAAAUUCUGAUGGGGGUGACCUAACCUAACCUAAAUAGCUUGCAAAUUGCAUUUGACCAGAACUUCAAUAGGAAACUGAAACUGAAGCACCCAGUUUUGAUAUAUGGCAGAAAAGCCAUACAGGAAAAUUUCUGUAGCCUCCUUCCGUGUUGUUGGGCUGGCAGAUAUUAGUGGUGGUCACAUCAUUUUCUUGCCCGUGUGUUGGAUCUGACGUGUAAUGCCAGGCCCGUGCGCCCCAUCCAUAGUUAUAUAUCCAUAUUAUUGCGUUUGUUAAGCAUUUUUUGCCAAAUGUUUAUCCGUUCUUGAAGUUUUCUCUCGGCAUUUUCUAUGCUCCAAGAGGUAGCCAUAAUGAUUUUCCUUCCGUUUGUUUAAGCCCGUGAAAGUUUCAUCGUGUCGACCAUGCAAUGCGCCCUUGUGAUUUGUGAAAAGAAACGCAAAGUCAAAUAAUGAACAUGGACAUGGGCACUGUGGAAAAGUAGUUUCUUGUUUUGUUUGGAGAGAAGGAGAGAGGGAAGGAAUAUACUCAACCGUAAACUGUCCCCUGGUACCUUGGGAGGCUGACAUUCCUUCUGCUUGUGUUCUUGAGACCAACUGACCUUGGAGCAACAAAAAGGCCACUAUUCUCCAUCUGAAAAGAUCUUGUAGAGAGUGUAGUGUCAUCUGAUAUUAACCUUUUUAAGGGAAUUUUUCAAACAACCUCUGAGGCUCCGAAGAAUCCUUUCCCAUGUACAUUGCCCCUUUUCCUCCAAGUGCAACGUGUGAGAAAUAUAUGAACUUCGAGUUAAGACUGCUCGUAUUCAUCAAAAUAAUACUAACGCAUUUUUGGUUUCCAUUCUCUUUCUAGAUCUCAGAAGAGUUAAGUAGUUGCCAGGACAAACAGGUGGCAUGUAAGGACGCUGUGCCAAAGUUUCUUGACUAACACAAAGAAACUGUUUAAGUGGUGACCCACCAACCUUCCUCCUACGUGGAGGAUAGCAACAAUGUGCCUGUCAAAUGUUGAAAUGUCAUACUGCACCGACCAUCUGGUCCAAUCAAAAUUGGACUCAUUAGUUUCCAUCCAAUUGUCAAAUGAGGAUUUGACAUCUAAUUAUUUUCCGACUAAAUGGGCAGAACCAUCACAGCAGAAAAGAGAGCUUUGAACUGAUCAUCUGCAGAUCAAGAUCCUUACUCGGAAUCAACGGGCAAGAUAGCAUCAUAAAUUCAUAAUCCACAAAUGAACGGUCGGAUCGGCCGUCUCAUCAUCAAUACCCAAAUUAGCUCUAGCCUGUCACAAUAUUCAGAUACUCUUAACUGUGCAAAAAGGCAAAUUCUACAAUGCAAAAGGGAAAUCAAUUGACUUGAGAACACGAAAACUUCUUUUUUUGAACACAACACGAAAACUUAUUUGCGCGUUAAUUCACCACAAUGGAGUAGAUAAAUACAAAAUCUCACCAAUAAGAAUUGUUCACGGAGACUAAUGAAAAAACAUCACCAAAAAGUCAAUCUUUUCUUUAGAGUUUUGUCUGUUUGAAACUCUUGUGAAGCACCAGAGUCUUUGGGGGUUGGGGCAUCUAUUUAAACAGCACCCCAUGUCUCCAUUCUACUCUCUCCUCUCCUCCCAUUCAGUUCUCCCCAUUCUUUUGUCGAAGGGAAUUUUCAUUUUUUUAAAGGAAAUUCUCUCCUCUCGGUCCAUUCUUUGCAGUUAGCUAGGUAGUGAAGUUCUUUCAUUUGAUUCUUGCUCGUCGAUCGAUCAAUGGCGCGGAUGGCAAGCAAGGGGAGCAGCGGCAGGGCCAUGGCCGGCGGGGCCGGCGGGGCCAGCGGGCGCGAGGGGAAGAAGGCUCUGCUGCUGGGGCGGUUCGAGGUGGGGAGGAUGCUGGGGCAGGGCAACUUCGCCAAGGUGUACCAGGCGCGCAACGUGGCCACCGGCGAGGAGGUGGCCAUCAAGGUGAUCGAGAAGGAGAAGGUCUUCAAGUCCGGCCUCACGGCGCACAUCAAGCGCGAGAUCGCCGCGCUCCGCCGCGUGCGCCACCCGCACAUCGUGCAGCUCUACGAGGUCAUGGCCACCAAGCUCCGCAUCUACUUCGUCAUGGAGUACGUGCGCGGCGGCGAGCUAUUCGCCAAGGUCGCCAAGGGCCCCCUGCCGGAGGGCGAGGCCCGGCGCUACUUCCAGCAGCUGGUCUCCGCCGUCGCCUUCUGCCACGCGCGCGGGGUGUACCACCGGGACAUCAAGCCUGAGAACCUCCUCGUUGACGACGCCGGCGACCUCAAGGUCUCCGACUUCGGCCUCUCCGCCGUCGCCGAGCAGAUGCGCCACGACGGGCUCUUCCACACCUUCUGCGGCACCCCGGCGUACGUCGCCCCCGAGGUGCUCUCCCGCCGCGGCUACGACGCCGCCAAGGCCGACCUCUGGUCCUGCGGCGUCGUGCUCUUCGUCCUCGGCGCCGGCUACCUCCCGUUCCAGGACCGGAACCUCGUCGGCAUGUACCGCAAGAUCCACAGGGGCGACUUCCGCUGCCCCAAGUGGUUCUCCCCCGAGCUCCUCCGCCUCAUGCACCGCGUCCUCGACACCAAGCCGCUGCGCCGCGCCACCAUCGACGAGAUCAUGGACAACGAAUGGUUCAAGGUCGGAUUCCGGCGCUUCUCCUUCCGCAUCGAGGACGACCGCUCCUUCACCUGCUUCGACCUCGACGACGGCGACGCCUAUGCGCCCACCUCGCCGCCCGACACCCCGCGGACGGCGGACGGCAGCGACUACGGCGACGCCACCGAUCAGCAACAAAAAAUCUCGGGAGGGAUGACGUCGUGCGGAUCGGCGCCGUCGCUGCUGGAAGGGAGGUUCGGGCAGCUGGGCGGGAGCUCGCGGCGGCGGUCGAGCCUGAACGCGUUCGACCUCAUCUCCUUCUCCCCGGGGUUCGACCUCUCGGGGCUGUUCGAGGACGGCGGCGGCGAGGGGAGCAGCGGGGAGGGCGAGCAGCAGCAGAACGCCGCGCGGUUCGUGUCGGCGGCGCCGGUGGAGCAGAUCCUGGCGGCGCUGGAGCGGACGGCCGCGGCAGCGGGCAUGGCGGUGCGGGCGAGGGAGGACGGGUCGGUGAUCAUGGAGGGGACGCGCGAGGGCGCUAACGGCGCGCUGGCGGUGGCCGCGGAGAUCUACGAGCUGACGCCGGAGCUGGUGGUCGUGGAGGUGCGGCGCAAGUCCGGCGGCGCGGCCGAGUACGAGGAGUUCUACCGGUCGCGCCUGAAGCCCAGCCUGCGGGAGCUCAUGACCGAGGAGCCGGCGCCACGUGUCGGCUCCAAGGAGCUCACUCGGAGCGUGUGAUCGUGCCGUCCAUGCAUGCAGGCACGCACCCACGUCUGUCUGACUAGUCGUCUACACGGCGUCCGUAUACUUGGCCUGUUGGCCGUAGGGCUGUGCGUACAUACGUACAUAUCUGGCACACAAAUACAUACGUAUGUAUGUACCAAAAAAGUAUGUACAUACAUACACCAUUUUUUGGGGCGGUGCAGUGGCUAUGGAUGGUGCCUAUUUUGAAAGGUCCAUUCCAUCCAUGACACUGUGUAAAGGGUAAAAUGGGGAAAUGGGAGGGUUGUUAAUUAAUUAUUAGGGGGUCAUGUGUGUUAACAGUUAAGUGUGAGAUGCUUGAUGUUGUUGAUGUAUGAAUUCACUGUAUAUUUUGAGAAGGAAAUUAAUGAAACCAAUUGAUUUCUUUUUGUA